UUGACAUUUCCCAUUCCCAUCACAUUCAGUUACAGUCAUUCUCAACCAAAAUGUAUUGACAACGGGUAAUCGUAACAGAGAAAUCAAAAAGAUUUCAUAAAUUAAACUUGUCAAUGAAACAGGCCAUUACCGUCCGGAUCACGAAACAUGUCGGCUAGCAGGUUAGACGCUGUGUACAGGAGUAUACUUUUAACAAAAUUUUUUACUAAAGGAUGGGGGAAACCGGAGAACUUACGAAGGUUAUUCGAGUUCAGAAAAGUGGUUUCAAACCGCGACGAAUGCUUCAAAUUAGUUGAAAGGGACUACCCUGUUACGAUUACAAAGCAUCAAACACUCUCAGAUUGCCAACUGUUUGAAGGCUACUUCAUAACCCCUUUGGAACGGUAUCUACCUGGAAUAGUGCCCAAAAUAGCACAAAAAGCACAUUUUCAAGCACUCCUGCCGAUCCACUGGGCGGAAAAACAUUGCAAACCUGUAUGUCUACAUCUAGCUGGCACUGGCGACCAUUUUUUCUGGCGACGACGCAAUCUGAUGGUGAAGCCGUUGCUGAAAGAAGCUGGCAUCGGUGGCAUCAUACUGGAGAACCCGUUCUAUGGUCUGCGUAAGCCGACUGAUCAAGUUCGUUCCUCGCUGCACAACGUUUCGGAUAUAUUCGUGAUGGGCGGCUGUUUGAUCCUGGAGUCCCUGGUGCUGUUCCAUUGGUGCGAGCGCAACGGACUCGGCCCGCUCGGGGUCACCGGCCUCUCUAUGGGCGGGCAUAUGGCAUCAUUGGCAGCUACAAACUGGCCGAAACCUCUAGUCCUGGUCCCAUGUCUGUCAUGGUCAACAGCAUCUGCAGUAUUCUUACAGGGUGUAAUGUCUCAUUCGAUAAACUGGGACCUACUAGAGGACCAAUACUUAUCAGACGGCGAGUAUAGAGAAAAGCUAUCCAAAAUGGUGACCAUAGUUGACGAGGCUUUCCUAGCCGGCAAGAAGUUCGCACGCACGUACUCACAAAACAUAGACAUACCACAAGAAAAAACGGACAAAAAUGAAACGAAGAAAGAAUUAGAUAUAACCUACAAAGAAAAUGCUGUACCAGAAAAUAUAAUAGAUAUUAACAAAGUGCCUAAAAAUGAAGAUAAGAGCCAAAUCGAGAAUAUACAUGAAGAAUUGAAAAUGUUAUUGGAUGAAAACAAAAUUAGUUUAGAGUUGUAUAAUAAAUUGACGUCGAACGAGAAGUUUGUGUUGGAGCCGGCUGACAUCGAUGCUAUCAACAAUAUGACUGAGCCACAGAUCAAGGAAGUGUUGUUAAAGUGUAAAGUUGCCGACCUCCAAGAACUAGUAGUGACAAUACAAAAACAAUCAGAAGCGAAUAAUAAUAAGGUUCGAUCUGCAGUACUAAGUGCCAAACAAGACGUAGUAGAAAGUCCAAAGCCUCUAGAAAACCCAUUAACAACCGUACAACCACCUAAAGAAGAAAUUAUAAAAAAACCAGAGAAAUCAUGGAAUUUCACAUCAGACUUGUGGAUAAAUUACCUACCGUUUCUAAAAUCGAGUGCUAAAAGUGGGAAGAAGAUAGAUAUAAGUAAAAUACAUUGGAGAGACAGAGAGACCCUACAGUUCAUGAGAGGUAUCAUGGACGAAUGUACGCAUCUUAGCAACUUUUCCGUACCUUAUGACACUUCGUUGAUCAUUGCUGUAUGCGCAAAACACGACGCGUACGUGCCCCGUGAUGACGUCGGUACGUUGGAGGAGAUCUGGCCCGGCGCUGAGGUGCGAUACGUCGACGCGGGACACGUGUCCGCCUACAUACUACACCAGUCACUGUUCAGAGCCUGCAUAAAAGAAGCAUUCGAGCGAUCAAAGAAAAGGUGGCGCGACGGCGGACAUAUCAACUGACAAUAGCUUAUACCUAGCACUAGUAUGACGUUCCUUUACAUUAAGAUAAACAAAGUAAGCUCAAACAUUCACUCAGGUAUUAGUUGACAAACUAAUAUACCUGUCAGGACUGAAAAGGGGCGGGGUAUGAUACGCUCCGCCCCUUUAGGCAGCAAUGUCUGUAAAAUUGGUGCAAUGUAAAAAGGCUUGAUGUUACAUCUCCUUUUUUGUUUAAACUAGCCAGUCUGUUGACAGUGCCAUGUUGGAUUUAGCACAAUUUUUACGAAUAGCAAUACACGCGAACUUCUUAACUUUUAUUUGAAGUUGAAGUUCUAAACAUAUAUUAAUAUCUUCGAUCAUUCAUGUAUAUGGGAAUUGACGAUUAUCAAGCCAGGUCUUAUACGGCUUGAUUCGUUCAAUUCCCGUGAACAGUUAGCACAAAGUAACUGGACAUGAAGUCUACCGUCCAGGAUCUAACAGCGCUACACUCGAAACAGAUUAUAACAAAUCUCACUUAUCAGUUGAAUCGAUUUUAGUACUUUUUUUCAUUGACAUACAAUUUAAAUUCCAUUUACGUAGCUGUAAGCGAAGGUUGUUAAAAUUUGUAACGUGGUUUUCUAUGUCCCAGCUUAACGAAACAAUAAAGUACAAAUUUAAUUUUCGAGCGCAUAUUGUUUAGAUGAUAAUUUCCAGUGUUGUAACGCUUUUAGAGUUAUUUAUUGUAGACGACUCUUUGUGUAAAUAAGAACAAAUUAUAUAUUUCUCUAUUGAGAUGAGAUUGUAAAGUGUACAUUGUAUUUUUAUAAAUAAAAUUGUUUUUUAUUACU